GCCGGGUUUUGCCUCUGAUGGACAUCUUGGCUUGCAGAUCCGAAGAGAACAGUUAUAACAUCCUCCCCUCUGCGGCAACGAUGCUUUUCCAUGGCCUCCCUGGAGGCGACGUGCACGGUGUGGUGGAAGAAAUGGACCGGAGAGGAAAGAGCGAGUCAGCAGCCAUCAGCUCGGCUAUCGAUAUGGGGGAAUCAGAGACGUCCAUGCCGUGUAUGACCAGCGAGCGCGUGGCUCUGUGCGCGGGCUGCGGCAGAAAGAUCGCGGACCGCUACUACCUGCUGGCUGUGGACAAACAGUGGCACAUGCGCUGCCUCAAGUGCUGCGAGUGCAAACUCAACCUGGAGUCCGAGCUCACCUGCUUCAGCAAGGACGGCAGCAUCUACUGCAAGGAGGACUACUAUAGAAGAUUUUCGGUGCAGAGAUGCGCUCGGUGCCACCUGGGGAUCUCAGCCUCGGAGAUGGUGAUGCGGGCCCGAGACCUGGUCUACCACCUCAACUGCUUCACGUGCACCACCUGCAGCAAGAUGCUGACCACCGGGGACCACUUUGGCAUGAAGGACAGUCUGGUGUACUGUCGGCUGCACUUUGAGACUCUCAUCCAGGGAGAAUAUCAGACACAUUUUAACCACGCGGACGUGGUCCCGCACAAAGGCCUGGGCCCGGCCAACACGCUCGGACUAUCCUACUUCAACGGCGUGGGGACAGUGCAGAAAGGCCGGCCCAGGAAGAGGAAAAGCCCCGGACCGGGGGCCGAGCUGGCUGCUUAUAAUGCAGCGCUGAGCUGUAACGAGAACGACGGCGAGUCCAUGGGGGACUCCCAGUACAGCUCCAGUCAGAAGACCAAGCGCAUGCGGACAUCCUUCAAGAACCACCAGCUGAGGACCAUGAAGUCCUACUUCGCCAUCAACCAACCAGAUGCAAAGGACCUCAAGCAGCUCGCCCAGAAGACCGGCUUGACCAAACGGGUCUUGCAGGUCUGGUUUCAAAACGCUCGGGCCAAGUUCAGGAGGAACCUGCUGCGGCAGGAGAGCACCGGGGUGGACAAGGCAUCCGACGGCUCCACACUGCAGGGCGGGACGCCGUCGGGCCCUGCCUCGGAGAUCUCUAAUGCCUCCAUGAGCCCCUCCAGCACCCCUACUACCCUGACAGACUUGACCAACCCCACCAUGCCCACCGUCACCUCCGUGCUCACCUCGGUGCCAGGCGGCAUGGAUGUCCACGAGUGCCGGAGUCCAUCACAGACCACGCUGACCAGCCUGUUCUGAUGGACGGAGUCCUUCACCACUGCCUCACCUCGACCCCCUGCCCUCUCACCUCUGUUCCACCUUACUGGAUCUAAAGCUGAGCACUGUUGACCCCUUCGAACUUUAAGCGGAUUAGAAAGAGAAGGUAACGGAAACAUUAAAAAAAAAAAAGAUUUCAUUUUGCUCUGAGCCUAUUAGAGACUAUUUGCAUAGUGAGGCGGCCAAGCCUUACAGAUGGAACAGUUGUUGUUAUUUUGAUGUUGUUGUCUUGUCGAGAACUGAGGAGAAUUGAUUUGCAUUUCUCAAUGUUUACAGAAAGAGACUGCGGGAAAAAAGAAACUGCUUAAUUUUUAAUUAAUUCAUUUUUUCCAGCACAGUAUUUAUGUUGUUGUACAAGAGUCACUGUUAGGAUUGUACAAAAAUCUUUUUUUGAAAAUCUGAGAUUAAACACAGGUUACAAUAC